AAGUGAUGGCCAGCUAUGGGAGGACCCUUUUUCCCUCAUCACCCCACACCUUUUUGGAGUUAUUAGUGGGUACUUAUGCUCUUAACUCUUUCCAAUUAAAUUUGCUUACAACCGUCCAAAUAACGGCGGGUUUCAUCAAGGAAAUCGAAUCCAAUACCCAUACCCAUCUGAAUGAACUUUCCUACUAUAUCAUCAUCAUCAUCAUCAUCAUCAUCAACCCAUAUAAAAAGGCGUUCACGCCAUCUCCCAUAAAUCACGCCAAACAUCUUCCACCAAAAAUAUAUCCACAGCAGGGCAGCUGUGUGUUUCAAAUACGAUUGGCUCUGGUUUGCCAGCAGUCUCCAAAAAGAGGAAGAAAAUGGGAGCCAGCCACUCGUCUUCUUCAAAGUCAUCUCGUGUCCUCACCUUCAAUUCCUCAGCAUCAUGGAAGAUACAUUUUGAAGAAGCCAAAAGCACUGGCAAACUGAUGGUUAUCGAUUUCUCGGCUACAUGGUGUGGACCUUGCCGAUUCAUGGAACCCGUCAUUAAUGAGUUUGCUGAGAAAUAUACAGACGUGGAGUUCGUCAAGAUUGAUGUGGACGAGUUGUCGGAUGUGGCUCAAGAAUUUGGAGUGCAGGGAAUGCCAACAUUCUUACUGAUCAAGAGAGGAACAGAAGUUGAUAAAGUGGUGGGAGCCAAGAAGGAAGAACUCCAGAAGAAGAUCGAGGCUCACAGGAAAAAUUGAUGACUCUAGCCCAUGAUUAUGAACUAGCAAAAGGAGACGAGCAUGAAGCGCGAGCCGAAUAAGACUGCGUAUGACUACUAAUUAAUCUCAAUAUAUCACAUUUAAAUAAGAUGUAUCUUUGCUAUAUAUGUUGUAUCAAUAUAAAUAUCAAUCAAUUAUUCGAGCCA